AUGGUCCAGGAAAGCUUUAUGAUCGCGUAGGUUUAACAUUUUUUGAUUUUUAUUCUGUGUUUAGGCUUGAUAAUUCAGAAUGGAUGCGAAAUGGAGAUCUUUCCCCGACCCGUCUUCAAUGUCAACAAGAUGCUAUCAACUUUGUGGUUCGUACAAAGCUGCGUCUGAACCCGGAGAACGGUGUGGGUUUGUUGGCUAUGGCACCGUAAGUGGAUUUGAGUUGUUUUAAAGGGAUUUAUAUUAUACUAGAUGUCAAAAUUUUGAGGGAAAUUGGUUUUUGUUAUAACUUUUUUGAUUUUAAAGGUAGAACCUUGAUAUUUAGAGUGAAUAUAGCUUAAUAUGUCUGUCAAGUAACGCAUUAAGUCUAAUUUUAUAAUUUACAAAGUUAAAAAAGUUAGAGUAGUUUUAACGUAUUCCACCCCUCAGUAUCUUUGGAUAUUUUUUAAAGUUUUAUAACGUCUUUUCAAACUUAUUUUUCGUUUAGAAAUGUUGAAGUUUUGUCCACAAUCACUCGUGACGACCGAAAACUGUUCACUAAACUCCAUGAAGUUGUUAUUGGAGGUAACUGCCGUCUGGUCAAUGCCAUCAAGAUUGCUCAUUUGGCUCUUCGUCACAGACAGAACCGUAACCAUAAAAUGAGAAUCAUUGUCUUUAUUGGUUCCCCAAUUGAAGGUAUUCAACAAGCUGAAGUAGGUUUUAAAAUGUAUUGUUAUUGAUUUAAAUUUAGUUCAUCAAAUUGGCCAAGAAGUUGAAGAAGGAGAAGGUCAACUUGGACUUUGUGUGCUUUGGAGAAGCCAGUCAGAGCGAGAACGAUGAAAAAUUGUUGUCCGAGUUUGUUGAAACACUCAAUUCCAAGUGAGUUUUUAAUCUUUUUGUUUUUUCAAUUUUUAGGUAUCAUCUGAUAUUGUAGUAGAUAAAACGUGUGUUUGAAUGAAUAAAACUUUGAUUAUCGAUCCCAAAUAACUAUUUUAGGGACUCCCAAACAUCAAACCUUUUAUCAGUCAAUUCUGGCGUCAAAUUGACCGAGGCCCUGAUCUCUUCGCCAAUUUGUCAAGGAGAUGAUGGUGCUCCGAUGGGUGGAGCCGGUAUGGACUUUGGAGGUAUGGAAGAAGACGAUCCAGAGCUCGCACUGGCUCUUCGUGUAUCGUUGGAAGAACAAAGACAACGUCAGCAGCGCGAAUCGGCCGAUGGUGAGGAUGCUCCAGCUGAAAAUCAGAUGGAAGUUGAACAACCACCAGCUGCUGAGGCUCCAGCUCCAUCAGCAGGUCAAGCCGCUGCUCCAGAAGCGCCAAAAGCCAAGGCUAACGUGGAUUUCAAUAGUUUGACGGAGGAAGAGCAAUUGGAGUACGCGUUGAUGAUGUCCAUGCAAGAUGGUAGGGUUUUGGCUUGAUUUUUGUGAUUUUAGGUAACAGUUGAUGAAGAAGAUAUUUUUUACUGAGUUCUUGGUUAAAAAGACUACAGAAAAUAUACUUUUAAGAAUUUUUGGGCCAAAAAGUUUGUAGAAAACUAUGUUUUAAGCUUUUUUCCACCAAAAAAGUAAAAGAAAAGUGGUGUUUUAGGCAUUUUUUGGUCCGAAAGUUUGUAGAAAAGUCAACUUUUUGCUGUUUUGACCAACUAAUAUCAAAAAAACUAAAUUUAUAUUUUUCUAGCCGAAGGCUCAGCCCCACAAGAAGAAGGUAUGGACGUGGAUUCGAAUGUGAACGACAUUGUUACCGACAACGCCCUCCUCCAACAGAUCAUCGACGACCUGCCCAAUAAUGAAAAAGAGGAAGCGGACAAAAACAAACCCAAAUCCGACGAGAAAUAA